GGAAGGAUACAGUAAGGCUGACACUGCGCCCUCCGUCGUUUAAUCGAAAGUAAAGUGAACGAGCGAAUAAAACAAGUCAACCUAGAAGGAGAACACACUCUACUCAGCGGUGCCCGGACACAAAGUACUUUAAAUCCUGCGGGACUUGUUAUUUUACAUCAUAUUUUAAAUAUAUUCAUCAUGUCAAAAGCUGCAACGCUGAAAAUUCGCAGCGCGAGCGCAGUCAAGGUGGACCACUUCCGUCAGUCACUGUACCAGGAGGCGGAGACUCUGUUGUCCAGUGUCGUUCCUCAGAAGAUGAUUCUGCUGGACUCUCUGCUCAGGGAUGAUGCUCUCAGCAUCACAGACAUGUCUUCGCUCCAGGCUCCAUUGGACAUCCCCAUCCCAGACCCUCCGUCUCCAGAAGACGAGGAAAUGGAGACUGACAAGAACGAGGAUGAUAAGAAGAAAAAGAAGAAAGCUCCAAAAUGUGGCUUCAUCAAAGGAAAUGAGAAAAUUAUGCUGCUUUUGGAAAGAGUGAAGCCCGAGAUCGUAGCUCUCAGAGAGACUAUCAUCAUAGUGUCGAGCUGGAUUCAGCUCCUCAUUCCCAAAAUAGAAGAUGGAAAUGAUUUUGGAGUUGCCAUCCAGGAGAAAAUCCUGGAGAGAAUCACAGCCGUGAAGACGAAAGUUGAUGAAUUUCAAACCAACAUCAACAAGUUCUUUUCAGAGAGGGGGGACGCCGUCGCCAAAGCCUCCAAAGAAACUCACGUGAUGGAUUACCGCUCACUUGUUCACCAGAAAGAUGAAGCCAUCUAUUCUCAGAUCAGAGUGAUCGUUCUCGACAUCCGUGGAUUCUAUGCCGAGCUCUAUGAUGUCAUCCACAAAAACCUGGAAAAGGUGACCAAUCCAAAAGGAGAGGAGAAGCCGUCCAUGUACUGAAGCUGCAGAGCUCACGCUACAAAAACACUCGAGUUUGACGUCUAGUCCCAUAAUAAUCUACUUCAUCUA